AACAGGAAGCACAGAGCAAUUAAAACUGCAUGCGUUGACGGAGAGGGAGAGAGAGAGAGCUCACACGUUAUUAUAAAUAGUGGUGUGCGUGAGGAGAGGAUGUGAGAUUGAGAGAGCGUUCUUGGUGAGCUGGAUAAUAUUUAACGACCGAACAUGGAAGUGAAAGAACAGUGCGCAGAUGGUCAGGAGGGGCGCGAGGUGUACGCGAUGCUUAUGGAACCAGACGCGAUCACACGCGAGCAGCGGACGCUCCGACGCGAGAUCUGCAUCAGCCGCAUCGUCAUCUUCAUCCUCCUGAUCACCUGCAUGACUUUCUGUGUUCUGCUUUACAUCCAGCAAUGUCAUGGCAACGAGAAUAACAAAAUCCUGAACAAAGAAAAGGCAAACGAAUCACGUGCACAAUCCUUAAUUGGUGAUCAAGCAGCGGCUCAAGCAGCGAACCAACCUGAUGUUGAGAUACCCCCCAUAGCUUCUCUGACCAUAAAUUCAACAAAGAAGCCAACCCUGAUAUGGCGGCCUUAUCACAGCCACAUGAACGACAACUUCUGCUCGAAUGAAACCUGCGAGUUUCUGACCAUACCGCAAACUGGCAGGUAUAGACUUGGCUUACAGAUAACAUACCGGUAUAUGGAAAAUCAUCCUGAGAAAGGGCAUAUCUUGCUGCAUCAUGAGAUUUUUAAACACUCAAAUGGUUACCCGGAGCCUAUGCCCAUUCUGUCCAUCUCUGAAACCAUUGACAAGAAGAAUUCCUCCUGGUAUAAAUCCAUCUUCUCCGAGGUCAUCCAUGUUUUUCAGAAGUUGGACAAAAUCAAUGUGGAGAGUGCCUUUCAUGAGCUCAUUGAUAUUGAUGGAAAACCGUGGACAAAAAACCUUCUCACAAUCCAGUAUGUUUCCAGAAUAAGGGAUUAAUGAACUUUUUAGCAGAGCGAGAACAUCUAACACACCACCCAUAUACACUAAACUAAUCAAAGCUAACUAACGAAGCUAAAAUCGCAUUGUGAGUGUGAUUGGACAGGUGUAACAUGUCUGUACUGUACUGUAUUUUCCUGACUUUUUUCUGUUUUCAGGCCAAUAGCAAGUGCUGUUAUUGUUACAGCGAAGUGAAGUGUAUGUAAUGAUUUUAUAAUAUUGCAUCAUGCCAAGUUUUCCAUUUUUAUGGUCGGCGUGAUGCUCCAGAAAACACACUGAAGGUACACUAUCAUGAACUUGCGCUAACAUCUUACAAGCCUUUCUCUAUGAUAGCAUAAAUUUAUCAUGAUCAUACACAAUGGAAGUGAUUUUACAAAAAAAAAAAGCUGUUUAUAAAGUGAAUGACAAGAUUUCAGUAUUAAAUAUUGCUCUGUAAUUAACUUCAGCAACACUAACAUGAGAAAAACUACCUGAAACAUGGUGCUAAACUAAACAGGUGCCAUGUAGGAUCCAGGACAUAUAUUAAGGAUGGUAUAUUCAUGGUGCAUUAAUUGGACUUGCACAACAAAGCUAUGUAUAUAUUGCCUUGUGCCAAAGCACUAAAUAGGACGGCCUAGAAGAGGCGUCAAUGCUGGAAGAGGUGUACGGCUAAAACCUCUACCUAUGGCCUGCUGCACCAGCCGAACACAAAUUCAUUCAGGGUAUAAAGAUGAUCCGAACCAUUAAACUGUGGAGAGGAGUUAAAAAAAAAAGAUUGCAUUGUAGAAGUUCUGUUGUGUAAAGUGGUCAUACGUCAUUAUGUAUGUCACAAGACAGCUAGAUAGUUUUUAAAUGCUAGUUUAAAAGUUGCUAGCUUCUGAAUUCAAACAAGUUUAGCAUUGGCGCACUAACUUAAUUGAGCUAACUUUAUCUUGCAAAAAAAAAAACAAACAACUCAGAAAGCUCAUUGGAAAACUUUUAACCUUCCGACUGAUGUUUCCUCACCGGAAAAUAUUCGCAGGAACUUUUUUUUUUAAUAGUAUUUCAAUUUCAAGACAGUUUUAAGCUAACUUCAGGUGAUGUUGUGACCCUCACAUGGUAAUCGAGAUGUCUUACAGGUUUUACGUAAUGACUUCAAGAUCAUCGAUCAAAGAACAACAUCACGGAUAACUCGGUUUACCAAUCUUUUCCAUCAUGUUUGUAUUUUUUUAAUUUACUUUGCGCAACGUUAUUAAAAAAAUCACUGAGUAGUUUUAUUUACCGUGGACAUUUUCACAACCACUCUAGUGAUGUUAGAACAAAUCCUAGUGCUGGUCAGAACUCCCAACUAGAACAUCGAAUUGAAACAUCGUACACAACAGGUCCUGUUUACAAAACCUGCAGAGAAUAAAUGAAAAUAAAUAAAAUGAUUAAAUUACUUGAUAAUAUUUCCUCACUGGAAACAUUUCUGGAAAAUUUUAACACUUUUCGGUAUUCGGAGACUUUGUUGCUUGGUGCCUUUUGGGUUCUGAUUUGCAAUACCCAGCUCACUUGGUGCAGCCGUUAAUAUUUUAGUGUUUCGUAAACUCGACUGGAGCGGAUUGACUUUACAAGCUAGACUAUGUUCAGUUGGUGCAACAGGCUACAAAAAUCCAUAUAUAGAUACUCAGGAAACAGUCACAAUGAGCUCGAGUAACAAGGUAUUUUUUUUCCCCUGAGCCACAUUAAUAUAAAUUAUUUUUAUUUUUUAUUUUUGCUACAGUUAAUCCUACGGAAGAGCGAUAGUGCCACUAAGAAAUACAUAUAUUUUUUUAAAUUUCUGAGAAAGAAACUCAGAAUUUUUGAGAUUAAAGUCAAAAAUUUCGAGAAACAAUCUCAAAAGUUUUGAGAAAAAAAGUCAAAAAUUUCGAGAAAAAAGUCAAAAAUUUCGAGAAAAAAGUCAAAAGUUUUGAGAAAAUAAACUCGAAAUUUUCGAGAAAAAAGUCACAAAUUUAGGCUACCAGGAAGUACCAGGUCAUUCAGAGCUGACGGAGACUUAGUCUGCUACUACUGUGUUUAGUGCUGCUGAAAUGGACGACUUAAUCAAACGUUAUUUCGGGAUUGGGUUUUGCUUGUUAUGUAGUAGUUCUGUGUUAGUCUCUAGCAAACAGAAAGCCGCUGCCUAGAAGUAUUUGAAUCUACGUGACUCAUAUCACCAACCGACUUCCUGUACACCGGUUGUCACAACUCUGAAUUCCAUGGCUCUGGUCUCAGCCAUUCAUGUCUACCGGCCGCGAGUGAGUGUCACUUCCGUAUGGAAGCCCGCCUUCUACAGAUUUCUGACUUUUUUUUCUCGAAAAUUUCGACUUUUUUUCUCGAAAAUUUCAACUUUUUUCUUGAAAGUUCUGACUUUUUUUCUCGAAAAUUUCGACUUUUUUCUCGAAACUUUGACUUUAAUCUCAAAAAUUCUGAGUUUUUUUUUUCUCAGAAGUUUCCAAAUAAAAUAUAAAACCCUGGCCCUAUUGCUCUGCCGUAUAAUCCUGCCUUCUGCAGUCAAAUGAAAAAAUACUCUGUAAAAUGUGACUAGUGGAAUAAGGACGAUAUAUGCAUUUUAUAUACACAUAUACAUUCACCGGCCACUUUAAUAGGAACUUGUUGUUGAUUCUAAGAUCCCUGUUCUUGGCUGCAGGAGUGGAACCCAAUGUGUUCUUCUUUCUGCUGUUGCUGAGAUGCUUUUCUGCUCACCACAGUUGUAAAGAGUGAUUAUAUGAGUUACUAUAUCCUUCCUGGCCAAAAAAAUAUCUCAAACCACCUUGAAUCUGUUCAUUUUCCUCUGACCUCUCUUUUCAGCAAGGUGUUUGUUUUUUCCACCCAUAGAACUGUCACUCACUCACUCACUCACUCACUCACUCACUCACUCACUCACUCACUCACUCACUCACUCACUCGAUGUUUUUUGUUUUUCGCACCAUUCUGUGUAAACUCUAGAGACUGCUGUGUGUGAAAACCCCAGGAGGAGAUCAGCAGUUUCUGAAAUACUCAAACCAAAAAUACUAAUCUGGGUCAAACCAUCACCCAUACUGCCACAGUGAAAGUCAGUCACACUUCAUUCUGAGAUCACAAGUUUCCCCAUUCUGAUGUUUGAACAUUGUGAACAUUAAUUAGCCGAAGCUCUUGAUUUGUAUCUGUGUGAUUUUAUGCAUCAAGGGAUCGGCUGAUUAGAGAACUGCAUCAAACAGCAGGUGAAUGUAGGGGUGUACAGUAUAUGUAUAUAUGUGUAUAGAUGAUGCACAGUAUACAAUAUAAAAUCUUUAUAUCACAGAGCUUUACAGGCUUUUUUCUCUUUGCGUUACUGCAUAUUUAUGAAAAUUUCUUUCUUGUAGUUCUCUCACUGUUUAUUUCAUCUUACCAGUGCAUGCGUGUUUGAAUAUGUUUGAAUGGUUUGUUGUUGUUGUUGUCGUCACCCUUGAUGUUGUUUAUUUACUGAGGGAAAUUUGCAAGACUGUUUAGAUAUCAUAUAAGAACAUGAACUUUUACUAUCCUGUUUCCUAUUUUUUUUAUCACUGUUUAUAUACUUUUAUUUGAUUGAUGCUGACAUUAAAAAAGUUUGUAUGC